CAGCCAGGCCGUGGCCGCGGGCGGGCUGCGGCGAGUGCGGAGCCAUGCCUCGUGCUUGAUGCGCCGCCCUCUCUUCUCCUCGUCUUCAGUCCUUAGUUGUUAGCCCUGUCCCUCCGCUUACAGCUCUCGGCUUGGCGCUGUUGUCGACCCCGACCAGCCCCUUCCAACCCCGAUAAUCGCCGUUCGUCAUGUCCCAGCCGGGAAUACCGGCCUCUGGCGGCGCCCCAACCGGGCUCCAGGCCCAGAACGGGACCCCCUCGGCCUCAGGGUCUCCUUACACCAACGGUCCUGUCCAAAAUGCACAGAUUUCUUCACAAGUGUCAGUGAGCCAAGGAUAUAAUUCCCAGCUUCCAGGAUCCUACCCUCAUUUAAUACCAGCAAAGACUUUGAAUCCAGUUUCUGGACAGACUAACUAUGGUGGUUCUCAGGGAUCUGAGCAGACUCUUAGUAGACCACCUGUGGCUUCUAAUCUGGUGACAUCUUCAGUCUACAGUGGUCCUGUUCCCCAAAUGCCACUACCUGCUUCUCAGAACCCAGUUGCUGCAACAAUGCCUUCUGGUAGCUUUCUUCCUGGAGCCAACCUACCACCACCUUUGAACUGGCAAUAUAACUAUCCACCCACAGUAUCACAGACAAACCAUUGUCCUCGUGCAACAUCCCAACUAACUGUAUCUGGGAAUACAAAUUUAACAACAAAUCAUCAAUAUGUUUCUUCUGGAGAUAUUUCACUUCAAAACAGCUUCAUAAAAUCAGGUUCUGCACCUCCCUUAGCAAAUCCACCUUUGCCUACUACUUUUCAAUCUGGAACUCCUCAUGGGCCCCUUCCAACUGGAGGCGUACCUCCAGUAAGGGCCCUCAUGCCCCAGAAAUCAUCACAUAGAGCUGUACCUCCACCUUCAUUUAAUUCAGCUAUCAACCAAGAAGGUAUUACAUCAAAUACCAAUAAUGGAUCUAUGGUGGUCCACAAUAGUUAUGAUGAAAUUGAAGGAGGUGGCUUCUUGGCAACACCACAGCUUACUAAUAAGAAUCCCAAAAUGAGCCGAAGUGUUGGAUAUUCAUAUCCUUCCUUACCACCGGGUUAUCAGAACAUAACACCACCUAGUGCAACUGGAAUGCCACCCUCUUCGUUGAAUUACCCAAGUGGGCCACAAGCCUUUACUCAGACUCCGUUAGGUGCUAAUCAUUUAACUGCAAGCAUGAGUGGAUUAAGUCUGCAUCCAGAGGGUCUAAGAGUUAUCAAUCUUCUUCAAGAAAGAAACAUGCUUCCUUCAACACCUUUGCAGCCUCCAGUUCCAAAUUUGCAUGAAGACAUCCAGAAACUCAACUGUAACCCAGAGUUAUUUCGAUGCACGCUGACUAAUAUUCCUCAGACUCAGGCCUUACUGAACAAAGCCAAACUUCCUCUGGGGCUACUGCUUCAUCCUUUCAAAGACCUGCUGCAAUUGCCUGUGGUUACCUCCAGUACGAUUGUGAGAUGCCGUUCAUGCAGGACGUAUAUCAACCCUUUUGUCAGCUUUCUUGAUCAAAGGAGAUGGAAGUGUAACUUAUGUUACCGAGUCAAUGAUGUUCCUGAAGAGUUCAUGUACAACCCUUUGACCAGAGUUUAUGGAGAACCUCACAGAAGACCUGAAGUUCAAAAUGCUACUAUUGAGUUUAUGGCUCCUUCAGAAUACAUGUUACGACCACCUCAACCUCCAGUGUACCUCUUUGUAUUUGAUGUGUCUCACAAUGCAGUUGAAACUGGAUACUUGAAUUCAGUUUGCCAGAGUUUGUUAGACAAUCUGGAUUUGCUUCCUGGCAACACUAGAACAAAAAUUGGCUUCAUAACAUUUGACAGUACAAUCCAUUUCUACAGUCUUCAAGAAGGUCUCUCUCAACCUCAGAUGCUAAUAGUUUCAGAUAUUGAAGAUGUUUUUAUACCUAUGCCAGAGAAUUUGUUAGUAAAUUUAAAUGAAAGUAAAGAGCUUGUCCAAGAUUUACUGAAAACUUUGCCACAAAUGUUUACCAAGACUCUGGAGACCCAGAGUGCCUUGGGUCCUGCACUUCAGGCUGCCUUUAAGCUGAUGUCCCCAACUGGUGGUCGAAUGUCUGUCUUUCAAACACAACUUCCAACUCUUGGAGUGGGAACCCUGAAACCACGAGAGGAACCCAACCAAAGGUCAUCUGCCAAGGAAAUACACCUGACACCAUCCACUGACUUCUAUAAGAAAUUAGCUUUGGACUGUUCUGGUCAGCAGAUAGCUGUUGACUUAUUCCUUCUCAGUGGACAGUAUUCUGAUUUGGCUUCUCUGGGUUGUAUUUCUCGAUAUUCAGCAGGUAGUGUUUAUUACUAUCCCUCUUACCAUCAUCAGCACAAUCCAGUCCAGGUACAGAAAUUACAGAAGGAACUGCAAAGAUACCUCACUCGGAAGAUUGGCUUUGAGGCAGUCAUGAGGAUUAGGUGCACUAAAGGUCUUUCUAUUCAUACUUUCCAUGGGAACUUCUUUGUUCGAUCAACAGACUUAUUGUCUUUGCCCAAUGUCAACCCAGAUGCUGGGUAUGCAGUACAGAUGUCUGUAGAAGAGAGUCUUACUGACACUCAGUUGGUUUCUUUUCAGUCAGCACUCUUGUAUACAUCCAGCAAAGGUGAAAGAAGAAUUCGUGUCCAUACUUUGUGUUUGCCAGUAGUUUCAACUCUGAAUGAAGUCUUUCUUGGAGCUGAUGUUCAAGCAAUUUCAGGAUUAUUGGCCAAUAUGGCUGUUGACAGGUCCGUGACUUCCAGUCUGAGUGACGCUCGAGAUGCUCUAGUGAAUGCCGUCAUCGACUCUCUUUCAGCUUACCGUUCUUCAGUCCUGAGUAACCAGCAGCCUGGACUCAUGGUUCCUUUUUCUUUGCGGCUUUUUCCACUUUUUGUGUUGGCUCUCCUUAAGCAGAAAUCAUUCCAGACUGGGACAAAUGCACGGCUAGAUGAACGCAUUUUUGCUAUGUGUCAAGUGAAAAAUCAGCCCUUGGUUUACCUUAUGCUCACAACUCAUCCCAAUUUGUACAGAGUCGACAAUCUCUCAGAUGAGGGAGCACUCAACAUCAAUGAUAGAACCAUACCUCAACCCCCUAUUCUUCAGCUUUCAGUGGAAAAGCUGAGCAGAGAUGGAGCUUUCCUCAUGGAUGCAGGCUCUGUACUGACGCUUUGGGUUGGAAAAAAUUGUGCACAAAAUUUUCUCAGCCAGGUUCUAGGAGUUCAAAACUAUGCAUCAAUUCCACAGACUAUGACAGAUCUUCCAGAACUUGAUACACCAGAAUCUGCCAGAACAAUAGCUUUCAUCUCUUGGCUUAGAGAGCAGAGACCAUUUUUCCCAAUACUUUAUGUAAUAAGGGAUGAGAGUCCAAUGAAAGCAAACUUCCUUCAAAACAUGGUAGAAGACAGAACAGAAUCUGCAUUAUCAUAUUAUGAAUUCCUCUUGCACAUACAGCAACAAGUGAAUAAAUGAACAAAUGAAGAAAUUUGGCUUAGUUAUUUCUAAGGAAAGUCAUGAUAAGGCAGAAUAUCUGGGAAUAUAUAACACCUUCCUUUUCUAGUAAGUUUGUGGACUUACGUGAUGAUUAAGAUGUUCUCACUGUGAUUUCAACAAACUAUGGCAAAUAAAGGACCAGAGCAGAGAAUCAAACAUACAACUCUGAAAUACUGUAUUUUUCAAAUCAAAAUAUAUCUAUAUAUGAUUGGAUACCUUUUUCCUUUGCUGCCAAUUAUGUUUGAGUUGUUAUGGAUUGAAACAAGACAAGACAAUAUUGCAGAGGCAAAGUACAUUUUGUAAAAUAAAGAGAAUUCUGUGUU